AACCGAACACAAACAUAUCCUUGAGUUACCAUUUGUGAGACGCCAGAGACAAGUCGAUGUACGUGAGCUUUUGCUGUCCCCUCACUUACUGUUUGUCAGGCACCUCAACAACAUCACAAAUAGGACUGGACCUUGAUAAUACCCGCUUGUUCUGUACCGUAGACGGAUCCCAGCGACACCUUCCUGACGACAACCCCUUUUUACUUGGGGGAUCCUUCUGAAGCUAACUACAGUGACUACAGUGCACCAUCAGCUAACUACAGUGCACCAUCUAUGUCUUCCAAAGGAUAGGCCAUCUCACCUAAACACGACACCUGCGUCUAGUUCAAUAUGUUAUACUCCAGUCCGAAGCCCACCGCCUGCGGCAAGAGGACUUGGUGGGAAAUAGAAAAUGGUUUGAGUCCUGAAGCUUCACCCACUAGGAUAACACGGCGUGGGCGUAUGUGUAAUGACCACGGAGCACAGCAGGAAGACGGUUACCAGCGGGUAAUCUCCAACUUCCUGGAGACUCUGCACCUGCCUGAUGUAGAAGCUCCCUACGAACCAGUUAUCGAAUCUAUUAAUCCGGAUGAUGACGUCAGGCCCUUGAAUAUAUCACAUUCUCUGCCAACACCAUGCGGGAAGGUCACUCCGUUUAUUGUGGCACCGUUACCGGUUGUGCAGAUCAACACAAUGGCAUCAGACCAAAUUACUGGUAGUCUUAGCCAAGAAGUUGCUGGUCCACAGCCGCAGCAACCUCCUGCCAAACGUCGACCAGGCAGACCCCCCAAACCUAAACAGCAGCUUCAACCCAAGAAGAUACCCAAGAUAUGGGAGUUCGUCCACGACAUGCUGCAGGACCCAGCCACCUGCCCCUCAGUUGUCCGCUGGGAGGAUGAGAAGAACGGCAUCUUCCGUUUCAUAGACCCCAAGAAGGCCGCCAGUCUCUGGGGUGACCUAAAGGAAAACCCAAAGAUGAGUUACGAGAAGAUGAGUCGGGCUCUAAGAUACCACUACACGAGUGAAGCUUUAGAUGUUGUUAGAAAUAGACGAUUAGUUUACAAGUUUGGGAAAAAGGCACACAAGAACAACAAGAAGCUGACACCGUUACUCUGAGAUGGUUCUUCAUUAUGUUAGUUUUUAGUGCACUGUGCAUUGGUACAUUUAGUGCAUUGGUUAAGAUGAUUUCUAAUGUACAAACACUAACGUUGUACAGUGUCAUAAUAUUCGUAAAUAGUGAAGCGACACAAAAUAUCGAAAAUACACAUUAAACCAGCCGGGUAUCAAGUUAUCUAUAGCCGUAAUUUGCACUGCCAUGUGUAAGCGUCAGACAAGGCUGCUGCCUGUCACCUUUUCAUUGUAUGUAUCUUUAUUUGUAUGGAUGUAAUUACUGCACGUGUACUGUAUAUAAUUUUUUUAUGCUAUCGUUGCCAAGUUAAUUACCGUUGACCUUCUAGGACACAAAAGUAUGGUAAUAAUCUUUAUGGGCCAAAAAGGAAAAAAAUCGGUCACAGUAGAGCAGACUGCUAACACCAGAAGGAAUUGUUCGAUUUCCUUCAUUUUCCCUACAUAUUUUGUUUGGAUGAUAGUAAGUAAAUAAAACGAUACGAUAACUUUUGGUAAAGUAUUUAAUUUUGUAUUUGUUCUAUCUACUAUCAUAAAUACACCUGUAGUGGGCAGGGUAUGAAGGAUGAGGGAAAUUGCUGGUAAAAUCCGGCGAAAAACUGAUCAUACGACACUAAAAUAAUGUCUCUGCAUGCUUUGUAAGCAAAGAAAUUAAUUAUUUAACAAAUACUCAGCCGAAAAAUCUACCACGUCGGCACGUGUUGUCGACCACUCUUUGUUUCAGUGCAACAACCGAACCGCUCGGUCUGAGCAUUCUCUCACAUCCACAUAAAACGAAAAAUUACACAAUGCCAUUUCAAGAAAAUUACUUUCAUUAAUACCGAAUUUCAACGAAAAUUCUUUGUUUAAUAUGCUCUAGAAAGUUAGGUAGGUUUCUUUGGUUAGGUCAGGUUCGAUUAUUUUUUAUUAUUAUUGUCGUAUCGUUUCUAUUACUAUCAUCCAAAGAACACGUGUUGAGAAAAUGAACGACAUCGAGCAGCUCCUUCUGGUGUUUGCCGUCUGCUCCACAUUUACCAAAUUUUCCAAUUGUCUCACUCGUUCUGUACUGGAUGUCAAGAGAAUGUCUUUCCUAACAGUCGUCAACUGAGCACUGACCCAGGGCAGUGUGAAGGAGUGAGAUGAGGGGGCGGACAAUCAACAAUGCAUCAUAGUACAAUGCUCUGAUUUAUAUACUUUUGUUAAUGGAAAUUUUCUUUUUGUAUAUCUGUAAUAAGUUCGUUCAUGUAUUUAUUAAAUUAAAACUAAAAACACA